UCCCAGUAAACUGAGGUGAGGUGUAGAAACGUCCCUUCUGUGAAAAUGGGUGACACCGGCUUGUCAGAGGCAGCGGUCGCAGCUUGUAAAGAUGGAGACCCUUUAACUAAGGAUUUUAUGAUGCAGCAAACUAUGCUGAGGGUCAAAGAUCCGGUUAAAUCCUUGGAUUUCUACACCAGGAUCCUCGGCAUGACGCUACUGCAAAAGUUUGACUUUCCCUCCAUGCGCUUCACGCUCUUCUUCUUGGGCUACGAGGACAAGAAGGAGAUCCCCGCAGACGUGAAGGAGAGGACGGCCUGGACCUUUUCACGCAGAGCCACCAUCGAGCUGACGCAUAACUGGGGCUCAGAGUCUGACGACAGCCAGUCUUAUCACAACGGGAACUCUGAUCCACGUGGAUUUGGACACAUCGGUAUCGCGGUUCCGGAUGUUUAUGCAGCUUGUAAGAUGUUUGAGGAGCAGGGAGUAACGUUUGUCAAGAAGCCAGACGAUGGUAAAAUGAAAGGCCUGGCCUUCAUCCAGGACCCAGAUGGCUAUUGGAUUGAGAUCCUGAGUCCUAACAACAUGGUGUCCAUCACCUCCUAAAACCUACCGGCGUCCUACCUGCAGCGUGGCAGAAGGCCUGGGCUGCUGUGGCUUCACUAGGAGCAACACGCGUGGAAGAGCUGUGAGCGGGUGGAUUGGGAACGUUUGCAUACGGGCAGCAUGGGUACCCCCGCAUGGCCCGGACUAGUAAUGGACAGCUGACAUGCAACCAGAUUACUUAGUGAGCUAUAGAGUUAUGUACUGUGCCUAGUUGUUGCUUUGCUUGUCACCAUCACGUCUGAUGCUGAAACGGUUGGUGUACGGUGAAAUAAAUAUGAAAGCCACAGCUUAAACCGUG